AUGAUUGACGAUCAGGACCUGGGCUUUUUUGCGAAUUUCCUUGGAAUCUUCAUUUUCAUUCUGGUUAUAGCAUAUCAUUAUGUGAUGGCUGACCCAAAAUAUGAAGGCAAUUGAAAAUUUUUUUUACUUUUUUUUAAGUGUCUGCAAUGGACAUUUUGAUGAUAGUUUUGUAGACUGAGUUGUUUCAGAAAAGGAGACAAAUCAAUGUUGUUAAAAACCUUCAACAAAUUAUUCUUAUAAAUGCCAUCUUAUUGCUUA